AUGGCACCUUCGAUGAAUCCCAACGCACCGGUAGAGGCGUUGAAGAUCCUCCCGAACAAAACACACCAGAACUGGCUCAAGGAUAGGGGUCUACGAAAGUUGAACCUUGGUAUUGCGUUUAUGUUUGCGUCUUCAGCUGGCACGGGAUAUAAUGGAAGUCUCAUGAAUGGUUUGCUGGUGCUGCCCGAGUUUGCCAUGAUCAUCGGCGGCUUGAAACCUACCAUCGUCGGGCUCCUUAUCGCUGCCACCUCCCUCGGGGCAUUCUUCGCCUUCACCCCGGCAUCUUAUAUUGCGGACACUCUGGGAAGAAAAUGGUGUGUUGGCGUUGGAUGUUGUUUGGUCAUCAUAUCCUCGGUCAUGCAGAUCUUUGUACAGAGUCACUGGGCAUUUUUCGGCUGUCGAGUCCUCGCCGGUGCUGGUGUGGGAACCGCUCAAACUGCUGCACCGCUACUAGCAACGGAAAUCGCUCAUCCACGUCAGCGACAGACAGCAACGGCCUUGUAUAACGCAUGCUGGUGCAUUGGGUCGAUCACAUCGGCUGCUGUAUGUUUUGCGACCUUGUCUAUGACUACCAGCUGGUCAUGGCGAGCUGCUUGUCUUCUUCAAGCUUGUUUUCCGAUAACCCAGUUGGUCGGUCUUUUGAUUGUUCCGGAAAGUCCGCGCUGGCUGAUUUCGAAGGGGAAGAAUGACGAGGCUCUGGUGAUCCUGGCAAAGUACCACGCAAAUGGGGAUAAGCAUGAUGAACUGGUUCAGCAUGAGUUCCAUCAGAUCUGCAAUACUAUCAGCAUCGAGGCGCUGGAGCCAAGAAGCUGGGGCUCGUUCUUCUCGUCCAAGGGUGACGUGCAUCGUCUGGUGAUUUGUGUCAUGGUUGGUCUGAUGCAGGAAUGGGCUGGAAAUGGAAUCAUUUCCUACUAUCUAGCCCCAAUAUUGGCUUCUGUCGGUGUAACCCGCGCCGCAGACCAAGCAUCAGUCAAUGUGGGCUUACAAGUUUGGAACCUCUUCCUCUCCGCAGGGGGUGCUGUGGCCUCUGAGCGAUAUGGCCGCCGCAUUCUUUGGCUUCUCGGAACAAUGAUCAUGCUCUUCUUCCUUUCCCUGAUGACCAUCGUGGCUGGUGUCUUCCAGGAAAAGCAUAUAGCCGCUGCCGGUUUGGCUGUUGUACCUAUGAUCUUCCUCUUCUUCUCUGGGUUCAAUCUCGCAUACUCGCCAUUGUUCAUUGCAUAUCCCGCCGAGAUCCUGCCAUUUCCUCUCCGCGCGAAGGGUAUGGCCAUCACACUGUCAACUGAUGCGGUUGCGUGCUUCUUCAAUCAGUACGUCAAUCCGGUUGCGUUUUCCGCGAUCCAGUGGAAGUACUAUCUCGUUUAUGUGGGCUGCUUGACAUGGUUCUUGGUGACGGUUUAUUUCCUCUUCCCAGAGACCAAGGGAAGAUCGCUAGAGGAAGUUUCCCGAAUCUUUGAUCGCAAGGAAGUUCGAAGUGAGGAUUCUAGUGACACCAAAACGGAGGGGUAG